AUGGACCGGUUGGACCAACUGGCCUGUCGACCGAAUGGACCGGUUGGACCAACUGGCCUGUCGGCCGAAUGGACCGGUUGGACCAACUGGCAUGUCGGCCGAAUGGACCAGUUGGACCAACUGGCAUGUCGGCCGAAUGGACCGGUUGGACCAACUGGCCUGUUGGUCCUAUGGACCGGUUGGACCAACUGGCCUGUUGGUCCUAUGGACCGGUUGGACCAACUGGCCAGUUGGUCCUAUGGACCGAUUGGACCAACUGGCCUGUUGGUCCUAUGGACCGAUUGGACCAACUGGCAUGUUGGUGCUAUGGACCGGUUGGACCAACUGGCCUGUUGGUCCUAUGGACCGAGUGGACCAACUGGCAUGUUGGUGCUAUGGACCGAUUGGACCAACUGGCCUAUUGGUCCUAUGGACCGGUUGGACCAACUGGCCUGUUGGCCAAAUGAACCGGUUGGACCAACUGGCCUGUUGGGACUAUGGACCGGUUGGACCAACUGGCCUGUUGGUCCUAUGGACCGGUUGGACCAACUGGCAUGUUGGUCCUAUGGACCGAUUGGACCAACUGGCCUGUUGGUCCUAUGGACCGGUUGGACCAACUGGCCUGUUGGUCCUAUGGACCGGUUGGACCAACUAGCCUGUUGGUCCUAUGGACCGGUUGGACCAACUAGCAUGUUGGUCCUAAGGACCGGUUGGACCAACUGGCCUGCUGGUCCUAUGGACCGAUUGGACCAACUGGCAUGUUGGUCCUAUGGACCGGUUGGACCAACUGGCCUGUUGGUCCUAUGGACCGGUUGGACCAACUGGCAUGUUGGUACUAUGGACCGGUUGGACCAACUCGCCUGUUGGUCCUAUGGACCGGUUGGACCAACUGGCAUGUUGGUCCUAUGGACCGGUUGGACCAACUUGCCUGUUGGUCCUAUGGACCGGUUGGACCAACUGGCCUGUUGGUCCUAUGGACCGGUUGGACCAACUGGCCUGUUGGUCCUAUGGACCGGUUGGACCAACUGGCCUGUUGGUACUAUGGACCGGUUGGACCAACUGGCCUGUUGGUCCUAUGGACCGGUUGGACCAACUGGCAUGUUGGUCCUAUGGACCGGUUGGACCAACUGGCCUUUUGGCCGAAUGGACCGGUUGGACCAACUGGCAUGUUGGUCCUAUGGAUCGGUUGGACCAACUGGCAUGUUGGCCCUAUGGACCGGUUGGACCAACUGGCUUGUUGGCCGAAUGGACCGGUUGGACCAACUGGCCUGUUGGUCCUAUGGAUCGGUUGGACCAACUGGCCUGUCGGUCCUAUGGACCGGUUGGACCAACUGGCCAGUUGGUCCUGUGGACCGGUUGGACCAACUGGCCUGUUGGUCCUGUGGACCGGUUGGACCAACUGGCCUGUUGGUCCUGUGGACCGGUUGGACCAACUUGCCUGUUGGUCCUGUGGACCGGUUGGACCAACUGGCCUGUUGGUCCUGUGGACCGGUUGGACCAACUGGCCUGUUGGUCCUGUGGAACGGUUGGACCAACUGGCCUGUUGGUCCUGUGGACCGGUUGGACCAACUGGCCUGUUGGUCCUGUGGACCGGUUGGACCAACUGGCCUGUUGGUCCUGUGGACCGGUUGGACCAACUGGCCUGUUGGUCCUGUGGACCGGUUGGACCAACUGGCCUGUUGGUCCUGUGGACCGGUUGGACCAACUGGCCUGUUGGUCCUGUGGACCGGUUGGACCAACUGGCCUGUUGGUCCUGUGGACCGGUUGGACCAACUGGCCUGUUGGUCCUGUGGACCGGUUGGACCAACUGGCCUGUUGGUCCUGUGGACCGGUUGGACCAACUGGCCUGUUGGUCCUGUGGACCGGUUGGACCAAUUGACGUGUUGGUUCUAUGGACCGGCCUGUUGGCCGAAUGGACCGGCUGGACCAACAGGCCUGUUGGCCGAAUGGACCGGUUGGACCAACUGGCCUGUUGGCCGAACGGACCGGUUGGACCAACUGGCCUGUUGGUCCUAUGGACCGGUUGGACCAACUGGCAUGUUGGUCCUAUGGACCGGUUGGACCAACUGGCCUGCUGGUCCUAUGGACCGGUUGGACCAACUGGCCUGCUGGUCCUAUGGACCGGUUGGACCAACUGGCCUGCUGGUCCUAUGGACCGGUUGGACCAACUGGCCUGUUGGUCCUAUGGACCGGUUGGACCAACUGGCCUGCUGGUCCUAUGGACCGGUUGGACCAACUGGCCUGCUGGUCCUAUGGACCGGUUGGACCAACUGGCCUGUUGGUCCUAUGGACCGGUUGGACCAACUAGCCUGUUGUUCCUAUGGACCGGUUGGACCAACUGACCUUUUGGCCGAAUGGACCGGUUGGACCAACUUGCCUGUCGACCGAAUGGACCGGUUGGACCAACUGGCCUGUCGGCCGAAUGGACCGGUUGGACCAACUGGCCUGUCGGUCCUAUGGACCGGUUGGACCAACUGGCCUGUUGGCCGAAUGGACCCGUUGGACCAACUGGCCUGUUGGUCCUAUGGACCGGUUGGACCAACUGGCCUAUUGGUCCUAUGGACCGGUUGGACCAACUGGCCUGUGGGUCCUGUGGACCGGUUGGACCAACUGGCCUGUUGGUCCUGUGGACCGGUUGGACCAACUGGCCUGUUGGUCCUAUGGACCGGUUGGACCAACUGGCCUGUUGGUACUAUGGACCGGUUGGACCAACUGGCCUGUUGGUCCUAUGGACCGGUUGGACCAACUGGCAUGUUGGUCCUAUGGACCGGUUGGACCAACUGGCCUUUUGGCCGAAUGGACCGGUUGGACCAACUGGCAUGUUGGUCCUAUGGAUCGGUUGGACCAACUGGCCUGUUGGCCCUAUGGACCGGUUGGACCAACUGGCCUAUUGGCCGAAUGGACCGGUUGGACCAACUGGCCUGUUGGUCCUAUGGAUCGGUUGGACCAACUGGCAUGUUGGCCCUAUGGACCGGUUGGACCAACUGGCAUGUUGGUCCUAUGGAUCGGUUGGACCAACUGGCCUGUUGGUCCUAUGGACCGGUUGGACCAACUGGCCUGUUGGUCCUAUGGACCAGUUGGACCAACUGGCCUGUUGGUCCUGUGGACCGGUUGGACCAACUGGCCUGUUGGUCCUGUGGACCGGUUGGACCAACUGGCCUGUUGGUCCUAUGGACCGGUUGGACCAACUGGCCUGUUGGUACUAUGGACCGGUUGGACCAACUGGCCUGUUGGUCCUAUGGACCGGUUGGACCAACUGGCAUGUUGGUCCUAUGGACCGGUUGGACCAACUGGCCUUUUGGCCGAAUGGACCGGUUGGACCAACUGGCAUGUUGGUCCUAUGGAUCGGUUGGACCAACUGGCCUGUUGGCCCUAUGGACCGGUUGGACCAACUGGCCUAUUGGCCGAAUGGACCGGUUGGACCAACUGGCCUGUUGGUCCUAUGGAUCGGUUGGACCAACUGGCCUGUUGGUCCUAUGGACCGGUUGGACCAACUGGCCAGUUGGUCCUAUGGACCGGUUGGACCAACUGGCCUGUUGGUCCUGUGGACCGGUUGGACCAACUGGCCUGUUGGUCCUGUGGACCGGUUGGACCAACUGGCCUGUUGGUCCUGUGGACCGGUUGGACCAACUGGCCUGUUGGUCCUGUGGACCGGUUGGACCAACCGGCCUGUUGGUCCUGUGGACCGGUUGGACCAACCGGCCUGUUGGUCCUGUGGACCGGUUGGACCAACUGGCCUGUUGGUCCUGUGGACCGGUUGGACCAACUGGCCUGUUGGUCCUGUGGACCGGUUGGACCAACUGGCCUGUUGGUCCUGUGGACCGGUUGGACCAACUGGCCUGUUGGUCCUGUGGACCGGUUGGACCAACUGGCCUGUUGGUCCUCUGGACCGGUUGGACCAACUGGCCUGUUGGUCCUGUGGACCGGUUGGACCAACUGGCCUGUUGGUCCUGUGGACCGGUUGGACCAACUGGCCUGUUGGUCCUCUGGACCGGUUGGACCAACUGGCCUGUUGGUCCUGUGGACCGGUUGGACCAACUGGCCUGUUGGUCCUGUGGACCGGUUGGACCAACUGGCCUGUUGGUCGUAUGGACCGGUUGGACCAACUGGCCUGUUGGUCCUAUGGACCGGUUGGACCAACUGGCCUGUUGGUCCUAUGGACCGGUUGGACCAACUGGCCUGUUGGUCCUAUGGACCGGUUGGACCAACUGGCCUGUUGGUCCUAUGGACCGGUUGGACCAACUGGCCUGUUGGUCCUAUGGACCGGUUGGACCAACUGACGUGUUGGUUCUAUGGACCGGUUGGACCAACUUGCCUGUUGGUCCUAUGGACCGGUUGGACCAACUGGCAUGUCGGUCCUAUGGACCGGUUGGACCAACUGGCCUGUUGGUCCUAUGGACCGGCUGGACCAACAGGCCUGUUGGCCGAAUGGACCGGUUGGACCAACAGGCCUGUUGGCCGAAUGGACCGGUUGGACCAACUGGCCUGUUGGCCGAACGGACCUGUUGGACCAACUGGCCUGUUGGUCCUAUGGACCUGUUGGACCAACUGGCAUGUUGGUCCUAUGGACCGGUUGGACCAACUGGCCUGCUGGUCCUAUAG